GCAGUUGGUCCAGCAGCAGGAUCACGGCAGGGAGGGGUCUCUGCAGUGCGCAGAGCAGAGAGGGAGCUUGCCAGGGUGCACACAGGUGCGCGCGGCUGCCCAUGGAGCGCGUGGGGCGCUGGCUGGGCCGCCCCCGGGAGAUCUACAACCUGCUGCGGUUCAAGAUGGGCGGCGGCGCGGCGGUGAUGCCCCGGCUGGACCAGGACGCGCUCAGCGACAACCUCAAGACCUGCUACCGGUACCUGAACGAGACCAGCCGGAGCUUUGCCGCCGUCAUCCAGGCCCUGGACGAGGAGCUGCGUCAUGCUGUGUGCAUAUUGUACCUGGUUCUCCGAGCUCUGGACACUGUAGAAGAUGAUAUGACCAUCAGUUUAGAAACCAAGGUCCCAAUGUUGCAUAACUUCCACUCCUAUCUGUAUCAGCCGGACUGGAGAUACAUGGAGAGCAAGGAGAAGUAUAAGCAAGUGCUUGAGGACUUUCCAACGAUCUCCUUGGAGUUCAGGAACCUGGCAAAGGUGUAUCGAGAUGUGAUUGCAGAUAUUUGUCACAAGAUGGGAGCUGGUAUGGCCGAGUUCUUGCAAAAGAAGGUUGAGUCCCUGCAAGAGUGGGAUAAGUAUUGUCACUACGUUGUUGGGCUGGUGGGCAUUGGCCUUUCCCGUCUGUUCUCUGUGCUGGAGCUAGAAGAUCCUAUCAUAGGACAGGACACAGAGCUUGCAAAUUCCAUGGGCGUCUUCAUUGAGAAAGCCAUCAUCAUCCGUGAUUAUCUGGAGGACCAGUUGGCAGGAAGAGAAUUCUGGCCCAGAGAGGUUUGGAGCAAGUAUGCCAAGAAGCUUUCGGAUCUUGCCAAGCCAGAGAACAUUGACGUGGCCGUCCAGUGUAUGAAUGAACUGAUCAUAAAUGCUUUACACCAUAUCCCUGAUGUCCUCACCUACUUAUCUAGACUGAAAACCCAAAGUGUCUUCAACUUCUGCGCUAUUCCGCAGGUGAUGGCCAUCGCCACUCUGGCGGCCUGUUACAAUAACAAACAGGUGUUUAGGGGGGUAGUGAAGAUUCGGAAAGGACAAGCUGUCACUUUAAUGAUGGAUGCUACAAACAUGCACGCUGUCAAGUCUAUAAUGUACCAGUAUGUGGAAGAGAUCUGUCAGAAGAUCCCAAGCACAGAUCCGUCUUCUAACAAGACCCAGCAGAUUAUUGUCUCUAUCCAGACAAUAUGUUUUCCCAAUGGCACAGUGGUCUCCCGUAACCGUUACUCCCCCAUCUACCUCUCGUGCGCCAUGCUUCUGGCAGCGCUGAGCUGGCAGUAUCUGAGUGCGAUGUCAGAGGCGUUGGAGGAGGACGUACAGGCCAAGGAGAACUGAGGGUUGGUUGGGUGAAGGCAGUGGUUGGGUAAUAUUGGGAACGGGUUCAUGUCUGUUUCCUAUUGGGUCUAUUGCCCUGUGGGAUUCCAGACUGUGGAAGCUGUGAAUGGAAAGGUGCUGGUUGACCUGCAGCUAUUGGGUGUAUUGCAGCCACUAGCUCGUACUGGCAGUCGGAGUCAGAUGUUUUCGUUGUUCGGAUUAACAGGUUACAAAUGCGACAGUUGGAGUCUCUUUUAUGGGAAAUGAUGUUUUACCUGACUUCUGACUAUGAUAUUUU